UGCGCCAUAUAAAUACGUCCCCGACCCCACCCUCUGUGACGGCGUCCCGGUCUCUCCCCCUGUUUCCGGUUUACGUUCAACUGCUAUGGCGGCCGCCGCACGGUUAGUUUUGCGCACCGCGUCCGGAGCGAAGGCGCUGCGGGCCGGGUUGGGGUGGCUGGGAAGCCCGAUCCGCGUCCCGCACGCCGCAGCGCACUUCACCUUCCAUCCGGACCCAGUCCCCACACGUCAUGGCCCAACACAGAAGAUGAACCUGUUCCAGUCGAUCACCAGCGCCUUGGACAACACCCUCUCCAGUGACCCCACAGCAGUUAUAUUUGGGGAAGAUGUGGCGUUUGGUGGCGUGUUUCGCUGCACCGUGGGUCUCCGAGACAAGUACGGUAAAGACCGGGUGUUCAACACCCCCCUGUGUGAGCAAGGCAUUGUGGGAUUUGGGAUUGGUGUGGCCGUGGCUGGUGCCACUGCUAUCGCAGAGAUCCAGUUUGCUGACUACAUCUUCCCGGCGUUUGACCAGAUCGUGAACGAAGCAGCAAAGUACCGCUAUCGCUCGGGGAACAUGUUCGACUGCGGGAACCUGACGAUCCGCGCUCCCUGGGGCUGCGUGGGCCACGGCUCGCUCUAUCACUCUCAGAGCCCGGAGGCCUUCUUUGCCCAUUGCCCAGGCAUCAAGGUGGUGAUUCCCAGGAGUCCUGUCCAAGCCAAGGGUCUUCUCCUCUCCUGCAUCGCCGACAAGAACCCCUGCAUAUUCUUCGAGCCCAAGAUUCUCUAUCGAGCAGCAGUGGAGCAGGUCCCCACAGAGCCCUACCUGAUCCCGCUGUCCCAGGCCGAGGUCCUCCAGGAAGGGAGUGACGUCACGCUGGUGGCUUGGGGAACACAGGUUCAUGUGGUGAAGGAGGUGGCGGCCAUGGCUCAGGAGAAACUGGGCGUGUCCUGCGAGGUCAUCGACUUGCAAACGAUCCUGCCUUGGGACACGGAGACAGUCUGCAAGUCAGUGGUGAAAACAGGCCGAUUGCUCAUCAGCCAUGAGGCCCCAGUGACCGGAGGCUUUGCAGCGGAAAUCAGCUCCACCGUGCAGGAGGAGUGCUUUCUGAACCUGGAGGCUCCCAUCACCCGGGUCUGUGGCUACGACACUCCCUUCCCCCACAUCUUUGAGCCCUUCUACAUCCCGGAUAAAUGGAAGUGUUUUGACGCCAUCAAGAGAAUGAUAAACUACUGACGACGAGAACCGCGAAGACUUCAGACAAAGAGCUUCCUCUUCCCACUAAUUGGAACGUGCUGUCCCAAAAAGCAACACUAUCCUUCCACCAGCUGAGACUCUGCACCCAGGCAGGAGCUCGUGUGACCAUGGAGGCAAAGCGUGGACUGUUGGACCCCUGAGGGAUUUUUAUUUUAUUUUAUUUUGUUGUUUCUCCCGCUCCACGGUGGCCUGCUUGGGUGUGGUCUCUCCCCAUCAUGGAGUCACACCACCUUCCAACACCAAUCGGCACAGAACGGAAUUCAUCUCAGUGUUCAGGAGGCUCCCAUUGCAGUUUAUCUUGUGAUGCCUGUAGACUUUGGUGGCAGUUCACUGCUGUGCUAGAGUUAUAAUUAUAGUUUAAUGAAUAAAGAUUUGCCGUUGUGUGCUA